CCUUCUUUUACUUUCUAAGGGGCAGAAGAAUUAUGAACAGAUUUAAAUGCCCACAGAUUCAUCCGUUGUAUCUCUAGCUUUGAAGGCCCCUUGCUGAAGAGGAGGAGUGACUGCAAUGGAGCUUCUGAAAGCCAUCUUCAUGGUUUUACUGGCCUUAUGGAGAAAUACCGAUGUCCCAGAAGGGAUGGCUUCCAGGAAAACACUGAAACUGAUCAGUAAGAUCAAUAGCGAUGGUCCUUACAUUGGCUUGGUGGUGCCCAACCCUUUCGAGAUGGACCCUCUUCUGCAAUCUCCUAGUUUCAAGAAGGAUGCAACUACUCCACAUUUUGAUUUCUCAGGGAGAAGGUUCAGAUUUGGCAAGAUUGGAAAGAAGAAAGUCAUUGUAGUUAUGACAGGAUUAAGCAUGCUUAAUGCAGGCAUAACAACACAGUUGCUAUUAAGUUUAUUUAGAGUUGAAGGAGUUGUGCAUUUUGGGGUAGCAGGCAAUGCCAAUCCCAGCCUUCAAAUUGGAGAUGUGACCAUUCCUCAGUUUUGGGCUCACACUGGUCUCUGGAACUGGCAGAGGUUCGGGGAUGGACCUGAUGACCAACUGCCCCUUGAAUCAAAUGGUGACUAUACAAGGGCAUUCGGACACCUGCACUUUGCAGAUUUUAGCAACAACACUGAGAACGAAGGGCCACCCAACAAUCUGCUCAACAGUGUGUGGUACCAACCAGAGGAGGUGUUCCCCAUUGAUGGAACCCCUGAAGUCAGGCAGCACGCUUUCUGGAUCCCUGUUAACAGACACUACUUUGAUGUCUCGAAGAAACUGAAGGAUGUCAAACUGGAAAGAUGUCUGAACUCAACUUCCUGCUUACCGAGGCAGCCGGUCACGACAACAGUGGGCAGGGGCACUAGUGCCAACAUGUUUGUUGACAACGCCGCCUAUAGGGCCUUCCUCUACUCCAAAUUCGACAUAACGCCAAUAGACAUGGAGAGUGCAGCAGUUGGACUGGUCUGCCUGCAGCAGAGGAUUCCGUUCAUUGCUUUGAGAUCCCUUUCAGACUUGGCUGGUGGCGGUUCUUCUGUUACAAAUGAAGCUUCGAUGUUUGCAUUUCUGGCUGCUCAAAAUGCCGUGCAAGCUGCAGUUAGAUUCAUCCAACUGUUACCUGCUUGACUCGUUCAUGUUCCU